UCAGUUAUGAUCAGUUCAUUGGACCAGAGCAGCUGUGUGUAAUGUUUUGAUGCUGUAUGAGUGUUGUUAGUGUGUCAGUGGUACUUUAUGUCGUGGGUAUUUUAAUUUGAAUUUGGAAGAGUGAUUGUAUACCAUCUUGACAACGUGCACUGGAAACUGUGAUGGAAUAUACCUUGGGACUGAACCCAGGCCUCUGCAGUGAGAAGCUAACAGCUAAGGACCCGUGAUGUUAGCAUGGCUGUAGUAGGACGAGUACUGAAUAAUACAAUGUGGCAGGAAGUGGUGAUGUGAUAUUUGGUGACACUGUCCCAGAAUUUACCAGGAGGGACUGAAGCAAACCACAGAAACCUCAGUCAGAGUAGCAGCGACACAUGGAGCGCGGGCUGCUGGGACUCCACUUGCUGGUGACAACUGGUGGAGAAGGAGCGACCAGGUUGUUGUCUCUUGCUACUAAAGGAUGUGGGAGUGCCAUGGGCCGGGGGCCCCUACUGCUGCAGCACCGUCUCUUCUGUGGUCACUCCGGGCGACUCUUUCAGAAGCAGCAAGAAGUGGCCCCAAAAGCUGAUUUGAAACCUGUUCCUGGAAUUCCCUACAACAAAUUGUCGGUUGGUGUGCCGAAAGAGAUCUGGAAGAAUGAGAGGAGGGUGGCGCUGACACCCGCUGCUGUGGCGACCCUGGUCAAGAAAGGGUUUAGUGUUAAUGUUGAGGAUGGGGCUGGCCUGGAGUCCAAGUUUCUCAAUGAAGAUUAUGCUGGUGCUGGGGCCAAAGUUGUGGACAAGAAGACAGCCUUCCAUUCAGACAUUGUGCUGAAGGUUCGCCAGCCGAUGGUUAAUGAGGUGCAUCAGUUCAAGGAUGGAGGAACCCUGAUAUCCUUUUUGUAUCCUGGCCAAAAUAAGGAUCUUGUUGAUCAGCUCAUUGCAAAGAAACUCACUGCAUUUGGUAUGGACUGCAUUCCUCGCAUAUCACGUGCGCAGGUGUUCGAUGCACUGAGCUCUAUGGCAAACAUCACUGGGUACAAGGCGGUGAUUGAGGCAGCUAACCACUUUGGAAGAUUUUUUUCAGGUCAGAUCACUGCUGCUGGCAAGGUACCCCCUGCAAAGAUUCUUAUCAUUGGUGGUGGAGUGGCAGGCCUGGCUGCUAUUGGUCAGGCAAAGAACAUGGGUGCAAUAGUACGGGCUUUUGACACAAGAUCUUCGGUUAAGGAGCAGGUGGAAUCGCUGGGGGCAGAGUUUCUUGAAGUCUCUCUCAAGGAAGAAGGUGAAUCAUCUGGAGGCUAUGGUAAAGAAAUGUCAAAGGAGUUUAUUGACGCAGAACACGCACUUUUCGCCAAGCAGGCACGUGAUGUGGACAUCAUUAUCACUACAGCCCUUAUUCCUGGCAAGAAGGCUCCUCUGCUUGUUCUUAAGGAACACGUAGAGGCCAUGCGACCAGGGAGUGUAAUCGUGGACCUGGCAGCAGAGACCGGUGGGAACGUGGAGACAACAAGAGCUGGAGAGGUGUACGUGCACAAAGAUGUCAUCCACAUUGGGCUGACGGAUCUGUCAAGUCGCUUGCCAACACAGAGCUCCACCCUUUAUGCCAACAACAUAUCAAAGUUUCUGCUCAGCAUCGGUACAAAGGACCACUUUCAAAUCUCCCUUGAAGACGAGGUCGUGCGCGGUAGCAUCAUAGUGCAAAAUGGGCAGCUCCUGUGGCCCCCUCCUCCCCCACCAACACCUGCUCCUGGUGCUGCCCCAGCUCCAGCCCCUAAACCAACUGCAGAGAAGCCAGUUCCACUUGAGCCCAACUACUUUGCCAACACACUCAAAGAUGCUGCAAUGUAUACUGGAGGGUUGGGGGGGUUGCUGAGCCUGGGAAUGGUGUCGCCAAACCCUGCCUUCACAACGAUGAUGACGACAUUUGGACUGGCUGGCAUCGUCGGCUAUCACACUGUGUGGGGAGUGACCCCCGCCCUUCACUCACCACUUAUGUCUGUCACGAACGCUAUUUCUGGCAUCACAGCUGUCGGAGGGAUGUUGCUCAUGGGGGGUACUGCGUUGCCUGAGACAACACCACAGAUGCUGGGGGCAACGGCAGCUUUUGUUUCGUUCAUCAACGUGUUCGGAGGUUUCGUGGUAACACAACGCAUGCUGGACAUGUUCAGAAGGCCCACAGACCCGCCUGAGUACAACAUCUUGUACGCAAUCCCUGGAGCAGCUUUUCUGGGGCUCUAUGGAUGGGGUGCGGCAAAUGGUUAUGAUGAAAUUCACCAGAUGGCUUACUUGGCAUCAUCACUGUGCUGUAUAGGAGCUCUGGCUGGCCUCAGCACCCAGACGACAUCCAGGCUGGGAAACAGCCUUGGCAUGAUUGGUGUGAGUGGAGGUAUUGCGGCCACACUAGGCCACAUGGCCCCCAGUGUCGACGUGGUGACUCAGAUGGCAGCUUGUAUGGCAACGGGAGGUGUUAUAGGCACAACAAUCGCUAGGAAGAUUGAGAUCACUGACCUUCCCCAGCUGGUGGCUGGAUUCCACAGCCUGGUUGGACUGGCAGCUGUUCUCACGUGUGUUGCCACUUAUAUCCACGAAUUCCCGACAUUCGCAACCGAUCCUUCAGCAAAUGUGGUUAAGACAGCAACAUUCCUGGGCACAUACAUUGGAGGCGUGACUCUCAGUGGUUCACUGGUUGCGUAUGGCAAACUGCAGGGCCUCCUCAACUCAGCCCCACUGUUACUCCCUGGUCGACAUGCCAUUAAUCUCGGACUUGGUGCAGCUAAUAUUGGGGCAUUGGCUGUGUACUUCAUGGACCCCUCCAUGUCUGUUGGACUGUCCAUGCUUGGUGCCACCACUGCUCUUUCUACAGUCAUGGGCGUCACUUUGACAGCGGCGAUUGGAGGAGCUGACAUGCCAGUGGUCAUCACGGUGCUCAACAGCUACUCAGGCUGGGCCCUUUGUGCUGAAGGCUUUAUGCUCAACAAUAAUCUGAUGACGGUAGUUGGUGCCCUCAUCGGUUCUUCUGGAGCCAUCUUGUCCUACAUCAUGUGCAAGGCUAUGAACCGGUCACUGAUAAAUGUGAUCAUGGGCGGUUUUGGAACAUCAUCGACCGGUGCGGGAAAGCCUAAAGAGAUUACUGGUACCCACACAGAAGUGAACGUGGAUGGCGCUGUGGAACACAUUAUGAACGCGAAAAGCAUAAUCAUAACCCCAGGGUACGGUCUGUGUGUGGCAAAGGCCCAGUAUCCUAUUGCUGAGAUGGUGGAGAUGCUCAAGAAGAAGGGCAAGAAAGUGAGGUUUGGUAUUCACCCUGUUGCUGGGCGGAUGCCUGGGCAGCUCAAUGUGCUUCUGGCUGAAGCAGGCGUACCAUAUGAUGACGUGCUUGAAAUGGACGAGAUCAAUGACGACUUUCCUGAGACAGACUUGGUGCUAGUGAUUGGGGCCAAUGACACUGUCAACAGCGCUGCUGAAGAUGACCCAAACUCCAUCAUCGCAGGAAUGCCUGUUCUCAGAGUGUGGAAGUCGAACCAGGUAAUAGUGAUGAAGCGGUCGCUGGGGGUUGGUUAUGCAGCUGUAGACAACCCCAUCUUCUACAACCCUAAUACUGCCAUGCUGCUUGGAGAUGCAAAGAAGACAUGUGAUGCACUCUUGUCAAAACUGAGGGACGAGUAUGUGAAGGCAGGCUGAUGCUCAUUAUGUGUCUCAGUUUCGGUGAUAUGAGGACUGUGCAUUCGAUGGCAAUAAUUUGGUAGCACAAUUUUUUAUGUGGGAUGUACUGUGUGAAGCGGAGAACAGAGCACUGCCUGGUGACAAGAAUGGGGCUUUGAGUUCGUUUCUUUCUUUCCAGAAGUUUUACAUGCCUAUAUUUGAAAGCAUCCAUUUUGUAACAUAAUAUUAUGCUGUACAGAAUGAAUACCACCUGUGUGUGACACUGUUUCUAGUGGUACACAGAGUGUACGUUGUUUGAAUGCUUCGGGUACUUGGAUAUGUUAGGUGGCCAAUGCAAGUCUUACUUCAUCCUUCAAAACAGAACCAUAUAAUACUGAAAUUGUUCAAGUGAGAAUGUUGGUCAGCUGCUCCUCAGUACUUGUCACAUGCCGGAAGGUGCAGUGAUGAUAUGAGAAAAUCACAGAUGUGGAGGGGAUCCCCAGCCCAAGCAAUAGGCACCUGGUGUUUGCUUCAGGACACUGUGUUCUGUUCGUAAAUCAGAUAAUAUUUACUUGGCUUUUACCAGCUGCGCAUCACGCUGUUGUGACAACACACACAUGUUGUUUGGCAGGCCAGCUGUGACUUUUAUCAGUACAAAUACAAUUUUGUGAGUUUAAAUACAUUCAGUCACCAGCUCCUGUGCUAGCUGAGAAUUUAAAUCUCCUAAGAGUCCUGUUUACUGGGGCAUAUUGCUGUAUGGUCCACUGAAAGGCGACUGACAUUUCAGAGUAACCUGUCAUCUCCAGGCAAGCAAGAAUCCAGUAAUAAUGCUGCUUUCAUCAUGCUGCUUUCUUGCUUGCUUUACACUUCAACCCUAACGAUGGAGGCGACGUGUUAUUCUGAAAUGUCAGUCGACUCUCAAUGUAAUUUCCUCCAUGUGAACCUUGGAUCCCACUUGAAUUCCAUGUUCAGGAAGAUAGUGCAUUGCUCAUCUUCCUGAGUUUAUGGUAUGGAAACUCUGAAUUAGGAGAAAUAUUCCUUUAUGUACACUUUCACAAGCUUCUUGAAUACAAAUUUAAAUGGGGGACAUUUGUACCAUUUAAAUAAAAUAAUUGUUACUGUUACAUACCAUCUCUCUAUGGAAUGUUGUCUUUUUUAUAAACACAAUAAUCAUUUAUGUUCUGCUUCAUUGCUGUUUAAAUUCAGUAAACUCUAGGUGUGACAUCAGUUUCAACAAAAUCUCUUUUAUUUCGGUGUGUUUACUUGGUGCUUACACACAGGUGGAACUCUAUAACUCACUCAGAACACAGAAAUAUUACAUUUUAUAAAUGGCAUGUUUGUAUUGGCAACAAGAGUGCUGUCUGUCUGUCUCUUGUGAAUUCAAGGACACCCCCCAGUUUACACAUUUCCUCUGCAGCUGCCUGAAGUCCUGGGAGAUGUCAAGAAUGAAUCUGUGUCUUUUGCAGUUGCAGAUAUUUGUUCUCUGUAACUUUGCAUCCUGUAGAAAGGUAGGUACAGACAGGAGGAAGAGCAGCAGGAUAGCAGGGAGUAGGAUCUGUGAGGACAAUUCUCCCCUUUCUAUGAACUCUGCUCCUUUGAUAACCAUUGCCAUCUGUGUGUGUCGGGGAUUUAUUUUAGGCUGUGAGUGCUUUUGGAUGGGUUCCGAUGUUGUGGAGUGACAGACAGACCAACAGAACUUCCUUGAGGGAGGGAGGAAAUAAUUGUACCUGUAUCAGCAGGAGAUAUGAGGUUUUUGUCACAUCAGUGAAUGUUCUGGAAUGUGAUGUCGUGUAGUGUGGUAUGUGUGUACUAAUGGGCUACUUGCCCUCUGUGAAGACCAAACUACAGAUCAUCAACAUUCCAGAAGACAGUGAGCUUUGCUAUGGCAAGAACCUUAACUCUCUCAAUACAUUCUGUUGUCUGUUACUGUUUGAUAGAACCUUUUGGUUCUGUAUCCUUUUCGUGUGAACAAGUUUUCCAUGUAAAUGAAAGUGGGCUGAAUAAGGUAUCCACUUGCACUUACAUUUUGGUGAUUUUGUAACAUCUAUGAAACGUGCAUUUAGUAAAAUUAAUUUCAGCUUGUACACUCCAUGGAUCUUACAAUUACAAAAUAAAUUGAACAGUUGGUCAUCAGUACUUGGUGUAACCAUGGCCACAUGAAUGAAAUGCUACCAAUAAUGUUUUCUGAUUUGUGUUGUGAACCAAUUUUAUCCAUGUUUAUUAACACUUUAAAAAAUAUAAGGAACCACAACUUCCUAGGACUCAGCAGAUGCAAACGGACAUAGGAAUGAAACAGGUAAUCAGCCACAACUUGCAAGACAUGUUUUGUUGAUGCAUUUAUGGUUUAUUCAACAUAACUCUCAGUUUACCAGAUUAUGUAUUUUCAGAUAAGAGGAUGAUUAGUGGAUAAUGAAUUGGAUAGGACAUGGAAGGAAGCAGUCAUGACUCCAUGUGACAUACAGUCCAUUAGAUGGAGCAAGAAGCAUGACAUUUUCUGCAUCAUGAAGGAGACUGAACAUGUGCUAUAUCACAAUUGAGCAGCAAUAUACAAGGCUGUCGUACUGAAUAGCAAACUUAAGAGUACUGCUGCUGGAGUGUGAUGCCACGUAGUUGGCAGAAGUUAACUGACAUUUCAGAAGAAUACACUGACUCCACAUUUAGGUCUUCUCUGCAGCCAUUUCUGUACUUAUCCCUCCCUUCAUCUCCUGUUGCUCUCCCGCUCUCUCUACUUCUGCAGAUGUGGGUCAGUACUAGCCACUGUUCUCUCCGGGUGCUUUUCUGCACAUGAUUCACUGUGCUUGCUUGGUGUACUUGCUGACCUUGAAGCUGUAGGCAGUAUGUUCCUCUGAAAUAUCAGUUGACUUUUACCAGACUAUAUGGUGUCACAUUCCAGAAGACAGUGCUCUUCAUAGUCACUGCUGAGAGAACCUCAGUCCAACAUAGGCUCAGUGGUCCCGUCUGUCUAAGAGUUCGUCCACAUAUGAAUGAAAUUCCAGUGUGCACUCACAUCGUCAAGCUGCAGGCUUGCUCAAAGAUCUGGAUUCUCAUUUGUGCCCUGAUGCAAUUCAUUUUUAAAAUGUUUGUAUAUAGCUCUUACCCAAGAAAGUAAUGCUGACAAGAAAUGAGUGUUAAAUGUCUGAUCAUAUGUAAGAACCAUCACUGCUCUAAAAUAUUUAUUUCAGUAUCAGGUUGUACAGAAAAAUGUUUGAAGAGAAACUAUUCGUAGUUUGUGGUAAUCUUUUUUGAUGUUGUUUUGAGUUUCUUGUACAAUAAUUUGGAGCAGUGUGAUGUAAUUUUGAUUAAACCACUUGUGUUGUGUGGUCAUUGACGCUAUGUACAUUAUGAUGUUUGGCAAAAUUAUUGUAAAUCUGACUUCUUGACACGAGGAAUGGUGAGAGAUGGCAGCUGGAGAGGAUAAUUGUAACUCGUGGAAAUAAAAGUGUAGGUAGAUAUUCUGUUACCUGGUGAUCCUGUGGCCAUAGAAAGGUGCUCCAUUUAUCUGUUAUGCUUCCCAUUCCAGUCAUACAGCUGUUCUGCUCACCACAAUGUUUGUAGUGACGUUCUUCAUUACUGACAAGUACUUUGAAAGCCUGGUAUCACUCUAGACUUGUGUUGAGGAGGUGCUCAGUUUGAAUCUUGGGCAGGACAGCAACCAUCCUGACUUUGGCUUUCAUGGUUUUUGCUCAGUCCCUUUAUACAUGCUAGGAUAGUACUUGCAUAGAACCAUGAUCUCUUCUUUGCAAGUUCCUUCAAAUUCAUCCUCCUAUUUCAUUCAUUGUAGAGGAGCUGCUGAAAGUGUUGUGAAGUAACCAUGCAAAAAGAAUUAUAUAAAUGUAACUAAAUUAAACUGUUUACAGGAUGUCCCCCAGUUCCAUUAAUGGAGAAUCAUAUCAAAUUUUUUAACUAUAUGCAAUAAAAAGCAAAAUUUU